AUGCCGUCCGCUGCUACGAUCAACAGCAGCGACAAAGCCAAAGUCAAAGCUGCGACCCCAUCCUCGAAGUGCAAGAUCAUCACAGCAACCGUCGCGCGAGUCUAUGCAGCCGAUCCGAACACCAAGACAUGGAGAUACGCAGGGUUAGAGGGUGCACUCGCCUUUGUCCGCGACAAUGAAAAGCUGUCAUUCUACCUCAAGUUGAUCGAUCUGAAGGGAACGAGGGGCACUCUAUGGGAGCACGAGUUGUACGAGGGCUUUUCUUACAGUCAAGAUCGGGCAUUCUUUCACUCUUUCGAAGGGGAUGACUGUUUUGUCGGCUUUUCGUUUGCCGAUGAGGGCGAGGCGAACGAAUUGAAUCGCAAGAUCGCAGGUAGAUCCAAAUACGCGAAAAGCUCAACAAGCACCAAGAAGAAGAGCAAAGGGGGCAUUGUGAAGAUUGACAAGUCCAUGAUCUCUGCGCCUUCUGAGUUCAAGCAUGUGGCGCACAUGGGCUUCUCUGCAGAGCAUGGGUUCUCCUCUGAGAAUGUGGACCCCUCUUGGCAGGCACUUUUGGAUCAGCUCUCGAACAUGGGAAUUAGCAAGAAGGACAUUGCGAAGAACGAAGGCUUCAUCCGGGACUUUGUUGGAAAACGAGGGGGACCAUCUAAGAGGGGAGAGCAGCCGGCGGGGGGGAAGCAGAAGAAGGCGCCUCCACCUGCACCAUCACGGACAAGUGCUCGCAAAGCGCCCCCACCCCCACCAGCUCCACGAUCACGAAUAGAAGUCGUGCCCGGCGCUGCAUCUUCACGUCCACCACCCCCGCCAUCGCGGCCCACGAAUCAAGGCUCUUCUGCACCUCCUCCACCACCUCCACCACCUCCUCCACCACCACCGCUCCCGCUACCAACACUUCACUCAACGGCAAAUGGAGGCGUACCUCCUCCGCCACCGCCCCCAUCGCGUUCGGUCAGGGGUAGCGCCAGCGGUGGUGUACCACCUCCACCUCCGCCACCACCGCCACCGCCGUCCAACGGAGGUCCUCCGCCACCGCUCAGCGCAUCCGGAGCUCCUGUACCACAUACCGGGCGUUCAGCACUUCUCGCAUCCAUCCAGGGCAAGUCCGUCAACGACCUCAAGAAAGCGCCUACACCCAUAUCAGCAUCCGGAGGCAUUGCCGUUGGCGCGACUGCCGCAACAGCAGUCGCAGCUGCAGCGCCCACUGCCGAUCCUUCUGGUGUCGAUGAGGCCGAAGGAGGAGACCUGGCAAGUGCACUCGCUGCUGCCCUUAGUCAGCGGAAAGGAAACAUGGGCGACAGUGAUGAGGAAGAAAGCGACGACGACUGGUGA